AUGUAAUGUAAUAAACUUAGAAGAUAUUGUAAGCGCCGUUUCAGAAAUCGCACCAGAAAAGCAGAGAGGGAGAAGAGGAAGAAGGGAAGAAUGGACGCAAACUCUCUUCUCUGCUCUUCAAAUUCGUCAAAACCCCAUUUCAUUUUCAACUUCAAUCACUCUUCCUCUUGUCAAUUUCUCACUCCUCUUCCUACCAAACUGUUAAUUAACUCAAAAUUGUUAUCCUCUCCUCGGACCUCUCUCCGCACCUCCGCCCUCACUGUGGAAAAGCCUCUGGACAAGCCUUCAGAGCCCAGGGAAAUGUUACCCAGGAUUGAUAAGAGUGGUAGGUUUUGCAGCCCAAGAGCCGCCAGGGAGCUCGCUCUACUAAUUGCUUAUGCGGCGUGUUUAGAAGGGUCUGAUCCAGUUCGGUUAUUCGAGAGGCGAAUGAAUGCCAGAAGAGAACCAGGAUAUGAAUUCGAUAAAGACUCACUGUUGGAAUACAAUCACAUGAGCUUUGGAGGACCUCCUGUCACGACGGAGACAGUAGAGGAAGCGGAUGAGCUUCUGCGUAAUAAUGAGAAGGAGUCUGCAAUUGAAGCAGAAGUUCUUUCAGCUCCUCCAAAGUUGGUUUAUGGCAAACUAAUUUUGCGUUUCACGAGGAAACUUUUGGUUGCAGUUGUGGAUAAGUGGAACAGUCAUGUGCUUGUUAUUGACAAAGUUGCCCCACCAAAUUGGAAGAAUGAGCCAGCAGGCAGGAUCUUGGAGCUCUGUAUUCUCCAUUUAGCAAUGUCUGAAAUAGCUGUACUUGGAACACGACACCAGAUUGUUAUUAAUGAAGUAAAUUCUUUUUCCUUUUCAUUAUCUUUUAGUCAUGAUCUUCCCGUCAAGUGCAUUUCCACAUCACUUACACUUAUUUGGCUGCUCAUGAAGGCUGUUGAUCUUGCAAAACGGUUCUGUGAUGGGGCAGCACCCCGUAUCAUUAACGGCUGUCUCAGGACCUUUGUCAAGGACCUCGAAGGAACUGGUAUAACUCGAGCUUCAGAAACUACACAAGAAGUGGUCAGUUGAUUGAAAGCAUUUGGAAGCUCCUCUUUGCUAUUCCACUUUUAACUCCUGCAACCCGAGUGGAUGGAAGAACCUCAAUCUGAGCAACUGUUUAGUUUGAGAAAAUUUUCCUUGUAUUCCUUCUCUCAUGGUGGAACUCUGCUGAGUUGUAUGAUUUAUAUAUGAUUUCAUGAGACAGAAGAGAACCCCUUCGGAGAUGGGUGAACUUUAGUACUUAAAAAUAGAACAGAAUAUUGUAUAUGAUGAUGAUGACAGAGUCUGAUAUGGAUAUUCAAUAUUGAGUUA